AUGCUUGCCACAAGGACUGCACUGCGGUCUUCCAGCCGGUACUCUGCCCCGACGACCAAGAUCCGUCAUGAAUGUAGCUCCCGCGCGUCACGGACUUUCAUAUCUGCAGCUGUGCAAGGGCUUUCGGAACAAUUCCUUGACUUAGCUAUUGCGCUGCCACUUCCCCCAUCUCUUCCACCUUAUUCGACCACCAUUCUCCUGGUGACUGUCGUAUCGCGUCUCAUCUUCACGGUCCCAUUCUCUGUCUGGGCAAAAAAUCGGCAAUGGAAGGCAGAAAACCUCGUCGCCCCCCAGCUUCAACAAGAAGCCCCUCAAAUGCGUCAGAAGGUUAUCGAUGACAUGAAGAGAGGUAACUAUCGCGGGGAUUCAGACGAAGCCAUUAAGAAGGAGAUGCAAAAGCGUGCUCGAGCUUUGUUGAAAACUCGCAGGGCCGAGCUUAAUUCGUUGCACGGCUGCUCGCCCAUCCCUACAGUAGUGAUACCUCCACUGACCCAGCUACCGUUGUUCGUUGGAUUCAGCAUGAUGCUCUCAAGAAUAUCGCACCCACCGACCGUCCUGGAUUCCGAAUCAUUCUUCACGCUCACAUCUUUAGCGCAUUCAGAUCCAACCGUAACGCUGCCUAUUGUGCUGGGCUUGGUUACUCUGGCAAAUGUGGAGAGUGCGCAUUGGUUCCUCAGUGCGACCGCACUAGAAAGACAGAAGAAGGUAGAACAGUGGACAGCUGACAGACGUGCAAAGGGGGAGGUUGUCGUUGAACCCAGAAAGAUUGUUCAGACCGCUUUGAGGAGUCUUUCCAUCGCUCGUAUUCUCAUCGCAGCAGUGGUCCCUGGAACCAUUCAGCUGUAUUGGGUUGCGUCCGCUAGCUUUGGUCUGGUUCAGACUUGGAUUUUCGAUUGGUAUGAUGCACGGAGAGCUCGCCGACUGACACAGUCACGACCUAGUGGUUUACCAAAAUCACACUCAAUAAAUUCAUGA